CUCUCCGCAGACGCUGGACGUGGUGCAGUACCCAGCCGGAGCCACCGGGGGUGGACGGCGGGUUCGAGUUCUCGGUGAUGACCUACAACAUCCUGUCCCAGGAGCUGCUGCGGGACAACGCCUACCUGUACCGCCACUGCCACCCGGCCCACCUGCCCUGGGAGUACCGGCUGCCCAACCUGCUCACCGAGAUCCAGCAGCACGCCGCCGACAUCCUGUGUCUCCAGGAGGUGCAGCAGGACCACUAUGAAGCCCAGAUCAAACCGGCUCUCCAGGCACUAGGUACCGAGUCCGGCCUCUGGUUUUUCCGGGGGGGCGACGCCCUUCUGGACAGGGACAACGUGGGCCUGAUCCUUCUGCUGCAGCCCACUGGGACUGGGGACCCCCCCGGGGACCCCCCCGGGGACCCGUCCUCCUGCGUGUGCGUGGCUAACACCCACCUCCUCUACAACCCCCACCGGGGCGACGUGAAGCUGGCCCAGCUGGCCAUCCUAUUGGCCGAGAUCGGCCGGGUGUCCCGCCUCCCCGACGGCUCCAGCCGGCCGGUGCUGCUCUGCGGGGACCUGAACUCCUCCCCCCAGAGCCCGCUCUACAGCUUCCUGACCAGGGGCCGCCUGGAGUACAAGGGGCUGAGGAUCGGCAUGUCCCCCAUCUGGUCCCCGAAGCUGGGCAUCAGCCGCCGGUGUCGGUACGAGAGCAAACGGCCCAAGUUCACCCCCGCCGGCCCCCCCCCGGCCGUCUCAGACCCAACGUUGGAGCUGGAGGAGGUCAACAGCCUGCCCAACCAGCACCACUCCUCCGACCACCUGCCUCUGCUCGUCCGCUUCCGGCUCCGCCCC